CGCGUAUUUUUUUUUUCUCCGAGCAACGGCUUUUGAGUGCAACUAUUCCUCUGUCCAUACUCUUCCAUACUCGCCGGAAACCUUUUCCGGCGAACCAAUUGCCGACCCCAUCGUAUCAGUAAAACAAGAAAUUAGAAACAAAAUGGGGUCUCUUCCACAAUUAUAUUCAGAUCCUUCAGAGAAACAAGCCGAUCUCAUUGAUCCGAUCAAACUGAAAACCCUUUUCAACUCCCAACAGAAAUACCUCAAUAACUUUUUUGAUAAGCUAGACCUUUCGCAAGCCCAUGUAUUCACACAAACUCUUUUAAACUCAACCGGUACGAUCUUCAUCACCGGUGUCGGCAAAUCCGGCUUCGUCUCCAAAAACAUCUCACAAACCCUCGUGUCUCUUGGCAUAAAAUCCCAAUUCUUGUCCCCCGUCGACGCUCUCCAUGGCGACAUCGGAAUUUUAAACAGUAAUGAUGUAUUGGUUAUGUUUAGCAAAAGUGGAAAUACGGAAGAAUUGAUCAGGUUAGUUCCAUGCGCAAGGGCAAAAGGGGCGUUUUUGAUAUCGGUGACGUCGGUGGAGGGGAAUGCGUUGAUGGGGAUGUCUGAUUUGAAUGUGCAUUUACCUUUGGAAAGGGAAUUAUGCCCAUUUGAUUUGGCUCCGACGACAUCGACGGCGAUUCAAAUGGUUUUUGGGUGCACAGUCGCGAUUGCAAUGAUGGAUGCGAAGAAUUUAACAAAAGAAGGGUAUGCGGCGAAUCAUCCUGCUGGCCGGAUCGGAAAGAGUUUGAUCUUUAAGGUGAGGGAUGUUAUGAAGAAGCAAGAUGAACUUCCAGUAUGUCAUGAAGGAGACCUGAUAAUGGAUCAAUUGGUGGAGCUAACUAGUAAAGGAUGUGGUUGUCUUCUGGUGAUUGAUGAUGAUUAUCACCUCAUAGGGACAUUCACUGAUGGUGAUCUUAGGCGUACACUCAAAGCUAGCAAAGAGGGGAUCUUUAAACUUACUGUUGGUGAAAUGUGCAACAGGAACCCAAGAACCAUAAGUGCAGAAAGAAUGGCUGUUGAAGCAAUGAAGAAGAUGGAGGCUCCUCCAUCCCCUGUUCAGUUCUUGCCUGUAAUCGAUGAAGACAACAAGUUGAUAGGUAUUGUCACACUACAUGGAUUGGUGUCAGCUGGGCUUUGAAGGUUAUAUAUAGAUGCAACAACUGCUAUGCAUAUUACUUCUUCUUCAUUUGUAUCAUGUAGCUAUUGAGGAAUGCCUAUAAUCGUGUAUUACUAUUCUUUUUAUUUAUUGAUUUUUUACUACUCUUUAGAGAUGAGAUGUAUGUGUUUCUAAGUAGAUCAAUUAUGUAUGAGAAUGCUGUUAGCUUUUGGUCCUUGUAUCUUAUAUGACAGGUUUCGUUAUUUUUC